AUGAUCUAUGGAUCCCUCAGUGUUUGGCAUAUGAGAUGUUCCCUUGAAUGUGGAUUCUGUGUAGAGGUGAACCCAGGCUCAGGAUCAGGAUCAGGGUCAGGCUCAAGCUCAGACUCAAGCUCAAAAUCGAACGUUCCUGUAAUCAUUGGAGCUGUAGCUGGUGGGUGUGUUAUUGCAUUGAUAGCGAGUUUUCUGGUUGUGUAUGUGAUGAGGCGGAAGAAAGAACCUUCAAAACCUAAAGAGCAGAGCCAGCCUUUUGGUGAGCCAAGGAUGUAACUCUUGAAGACCUUUAUUUUUAUUUAUUUUUUCCUUCCCUAAUAUCUCAAUUCUUCUUGAUUUUACGCAUUGGCAGCCACAUGGGACCCAACUAGGAACAGUGGAAGUGUGCCCCAUAUAACAGGACCCAAACCCUUCACCUUCGAUGAACUAAGGCAGAGCACCAAUGAUUUCUCAAAUGCAAACGCUAUUGGAUCGGGAGGAUAUGGGAAGGUACGAUAACAUUUUCUCUUAUAGAAAGGAUUUGGUCUUUGUAUUAAAUAAAUCAUAGAAUGAAACUAAUCAAGUGAAUCAAUUGGGAUUCUGGGAUCAUUUCAGGUUUACAAAGGAAUUCUUCCGACUGGGAAACUUGUUGCCAUCAAGAGAGCUCAGCAGGGAUCGAUGCAAGGUGGGCUCGAGUUUAAGACUGAGAUUGAGUUGUUGUCAAUGGUUCAUCAUAAGAACCUGGUUAAGCUUGUGGGUUUCUGCUUCGAUCGAGAGGAACAGAUGUUGGUCUAUGAAUAUGUUCCCAAUGGGUCUUUGAAAGAAAGCCUUUCAGGUAAUUUUUUCCCCCUAAAAGUGUGAACAUCAUGGUAAUUUGUCUGCAAUCUUAUAUGUAUAUCGGUAUAAUCUCAUAUAUCUCUACUAAUCAGUCUACGAUGUUGAUCCACAGGAAAGUCUGGUGUGGUGUUGGAUUGGAGGAGGAGACUUCGAGUUGCUGUUGGUGCAGCCAGAGGACUCUCCUAUCUCCAUGAUCACGUCAACCCCCCCAUAGUUCACAGGGAUAUCAAGUCUAAUAAUAUCCUUUUGGAUGAGAAUUUAAAUGCUAAAGUGGCCGACUUUGGGCUAUCCAAGCCGCUCGGUGGAGGCCAGAAGGGUUACAUAACCACCCAAGUCAAAGGAACCAUUGUGAGUGGUGAAUUUAGUGGACUAUCUCAACAAUCCGUGGGACCAUUUAGUUUUAUUUUCACCCUAUUUUUCAAAAAAAAAAUCUUAAUUUGGGUCUUAUUAAUAAACCAAGAAACUAAAAAAGAACUUUGCAUUCUUACUGUGCCCAUCUCAAUGCAGUCGGCUUGUUCAUACUAACAGUGGAAUCAAUACCCAUCUUCCUUUUGAAAUCAUGAUUUCUCGUUGAUGCACAGAAACUUUGGUGAAUACUUUAUUUAUUGCUCCCAUUGAUGAUCUAAUGACAGCCUACUUCUUACACCUUAUCAAUAGUUACAUUGAUAGUUAUCUCUCUGUUUCUGGAAUCAAUGUUGAUAGCCAAUGCACAGAAAACUUUCGUAUAUGAUCGAUUUACUGUUUCUGUGGAUAUGAUCUGAUGACAACCGAUUUCACCCCCUGCUGCAGGGCUACUUGGAUCCCGAGUACUACAUGACCCAACAGCUGACCGAGAAGAGCGAUGUCUACAGCUUUGGAGUCCUGAUGCUGGAGUUGAUCACCGCCAAGAAGCCCAUAGAGAAGGGUAGAUACAUCGUGAGGGAGGUGAGGGUGUCCAUGGACAAGACGAAGGACCUCUACGGCCUUGACGAGCUUCUCGACCCCAAACUGGGCCUAGCCACCCGGCUGAAAGGAUUCGAGAGGUACGUCCAAUUGGCGAUGCAGUGCGUUGAAGAGGCCGGCGUUGACCGCCCCAGGAUGUCCGAGGUCGUGAAGGAGAUCGAGACGAUCAUGCUGCUCGUCGGCAUGAACCCCGCCUCUGACUCGACCCCAACCUCUGAAAGCUACGGUGGGACCAGCCGGAGCUCACCCCGCCAUCCCUACAGCGGCGAAAGCAUCUUCGACUACAGCGGUGGAGUCCUCCCCUCCAACGUAGAGCCCAAGUAGAGCCUUCAUGUGAGCAUUUGCGGUCGACCAAUUCCAUCUGGGAGUGCUGUUUGUAUGAUAUUGACCCAGGUGGAUUCUUCAACGCCUGCUGGUUUUCUUCAUGGUUUCUUCAACGUCUGGAAGUGUUGUGUUCUAUUGACCCUGGCAGUUUGCUUCAUAGUUUUUUUGUUUUUUAGCCCUUCGACAUAUCACAAAUUUUAGAAAAAGCUCCAAAUCUUAGGUUAUUAGAUAGAAGUCGGCCAGUUUGGUCGUCAUUUACUAUACUUUGAUGAGCACAUUCCAUAAUAUUUAUGCUACAUACUUAUUUACGCUUUUAUCCCUCCCUCAUAUUUGGGGGGGUCUGGGUGAAAAAGAUAAUUUUUAGUAGUAAAUAAUAAAAUAAUAAUUAAGUAA